ACAUUUAUUUUUUUCUUUCUCUCUCUUACCAAUCCUCUUUCUCUUCUUCUUUUAAGUUAUUUUCUUCUUCCACUAGACUACUAUCUUUUUUCUUUUCUUUUUUUUUUGUUUCACUUUCUCCUUCUUUCUCUUUCUACUUUCUCUUCAUUCUUCUGAUUUCACAUUAAUCUCUACUUUCUCUUUGUCUGUCAUCUUCAUCUUGCAGACUUUGAUUAUAUGGCCUUACAAUUUGUUGUGGUCAUAUUCUUGACUAAAUGUUUUUUGAUUUAUUAACUAUUAUCAUGUGUUUGUUUCAGAUUUUACAAAAGCACUGCUUGAAUGCAAAGAAAAUGUUCAAGAUCUCUUAGGGUUUGUGCAAUAGAAGAUGCAGAUGAACAAAUAGAUAAACAAAGGCCCUUCCACUUUGUGUAUUCACAAAUCUUUUUCUAAACGAGUAUUUGGAAACCACCAGAUUUGAAACUGAAAUCAUUAGAUCUGAAAUUAAAGCCUCCAGAUCUGAAAUCAAAAUCUCCAGGUGAUAAAAACAUUGUAGCUUCAUAGAGUUUUUGGGGAGCUGUUGAAAUUUCUGAAGUGUCCACAUGCUAUUACUUAUGUUCUGCCUGCUGAAAAAGAACAGGAAAUAAGAAGCAACAACACAAAGGUACAUACUGAUGUGAUACCUACAAAAAAUAAAACUCUUAUUUUGAUGACUAUAUUUAGAAAGUUGUUCUGAGGAAGAAGAAAAUCCAAGAAAUCAAUGGCUCUAAUCCGAGUUUUGUGUGGAGAAGUCUCUAGAAGGCUAAGGAUGUGUUAUCUUUGGGCUGUAGGUGGAGUAUUGGGAAUGGUAGUAAUAUUAAGGUCUUACAUGAACCUUGGCUUCGCGGGAGAAAUGAUUUCCGCCUUAGAGGCUCGUUUCCCGAAGGUGUGUUCAACUUUCGGUUCAAGAUCUUCUCUUACCCAAUGUUAAGAGUUGAAACACUCGAGUUGUUAAUUCCUUAUUUGAUCAGGUUGCUGCGAAAGACAUUUUGAGUAUUCCCUUGAUUGAGGAGGUUGUAGAGGAUAAACUUGUUUGGGAUGAAGAGAAAAAUGGGGAUUAUAGUGUUCGUUCGGGUUAUAAACUUUGGAGGAAUUCUCACUCUUUUCAACCAAAGUAUAGAGUGGAUGGAAAUUGGGAUAAUUUGUGGAACAUUAUGGCUCCGCCUAGAGUUAAACACCUUCUUUGGAGAAUUUGUCGAGAUUGCUUACCUUCACGUAGAAGACUUCGACAACAUUAUGUUCAAUGUUCUUUGUUUUGCCCGGUUUGCGACUUGGAAGUGGAAGAUGAUUGGCAUACUUUCUUUGGUUGUCAUGUUAUUAAUUCUUGUUGGCGGGAAGCAGGUUUGUCUUCUAUUGUUGAUCACCGUUUACAAAUUUUCAGUGAUGCUAAGUCUCUUAUCCUUGAUAUUUGUAGUAGAGAAGAGAAUAAAGAUGCGGGGCGUUUUGCUAUGGUGCUAGAAUGUAUUUGGAAGAACCGUAAUAAUAUUGUUUGGAAUAAUAAUAGGGAAUAUCUCUCUAGAAUUGGUAUUCAAGCUUAUUAUAAUUGGUUUGAUUGGUUUGAGGCCCGUGAAGUUCAGGUGUCGAAUAUUAUUCCUCAGCUCCCGUUGGUUUGGACUCCUCCCGCAGAAGGAUGGUUGAAGUGUAAUGUUGAUGCUGGUUUUAGUAGACAUUAUCAGACUACGAAUAGGAGUUGGUGUAUUCGGGAUAAUUUGGGAAGAUUUAUUACUGCAGGUGUAGCAUGGGAUACUGGCCUUAUGUCUCCACUAGAAGCCGAAGCUUUGGCCAUGAAAGAAGCUAUUCAUAAUGCUAUUGCUAUGAAUCUGAUCAAAGUGAUCUUCGAAAGCGAUUCCCAGGUGGUGAUACAUGGAAUCAAUUCUACGGUUACCGGUAAUUCUGAGUUUAAUACUAUCAUUAUGUCUAUCCAAAGAUUGUUGAGUUCUGUUACAAACUUUGAGGUUAAGUUUAUUAAGCGUCAAGCGAAUAUGGUUGCCGACUCGUUAGUCAAGGCGGCCAAUUCUUGGUCUAGACGUAGUAUUGUUAAUGUUAUUCCUCCUUGUAUUGAUACUCUUUUGUUUAAUGAAAUGAAUUAAGGCUUUGUUUGGAUUGAUGGAAUCGGAUGGAGCGGAGCGGAAUGGAAUGGAAUAAAAUGAUAUUCCAUUGUUUGGAUAAUUUAAAAACUGAUGGAGCGGAGCGGAAAGGAGUGGUAUGGAUUCCAUUCCAUUCCAUCACUUACCACCAUAUUCUUUCCCCUCCGAUUUGGGCGGAAUGAAUAAUUUGCCUUAUUCCGUUCUAAAAUUUCCAAACAAUGGAAUGGAACAUUCGUUCCGCUCCGUUCCACUCCGCUCCAUCUCCUUCCGCUCCAUUCCAUUCCGCUCCGUUCAUUUCGUGAUAUCCAAACAUACCCUA